AUGGCGCUCGCUGAUCGCCUCAUCGUGGCUCGCGACGAGCAGCCAAAACUUGAGGAUAGCAUCAUCAUCCUGCUCAUCGGCAAGGAGGAAUCUCGAUACUCCAUCCAUGGAAAGACACUCCUUGAGAGGUCUGGAGGCAAUUUUGAUGAAUCAGUCUUGUCUUUGUCCGGCGAUGAGCGCUUCAUUGCUCUUCCGGAUAUUACAAGAUCAGUCUGCGAGCUGUACCUGCACUACCUCCAUGUUGGCAACUUCCCGCUGCGACAAUACAAGACUACGAUUCGGCAACAGCGUCAACAUAAGGAGGACGUCGGCGUCGCCCUGAUCGAGAUCUACAGCAUGAGUACGACCCUUGGCGAUGGACAAGGCAAGGACGCAGCAGUCAGCGGUCUUGUAGAGAUCUUCGACAUGCCUGGUCUCAACACCACAACGGGUGUACCAGGAGCUACCAUUGUCACCAGAGUGUAUGCCGUCACGGAGCCAGGAUCGAAGCUGCGGCAACUCAUGGUUGACCUGUACGUACGCAAGGCUCGCGGUAUUCGUAUUGAUGGCCCCUUGCCUCACCAUUUCGUGGCUGAUCUGGCAGGAGCUGCAUUGGAUGCUGUUGAAAGUGUGGACAGAGACCAGCAACUCCUCAGCCCUGCUCUCGACCAAUGCCUGUACCACGAGCAUGAAUUCCGCGAGGGCUGUCCGAAUCACACAAGGAAGAAGCUCAAGCGCGCGGAAAUUGACGUUGGGCCAAUAAACUUGCCAGAGAGUGACGAUCCUGAUCUUCCCGAUUCGCCGCCCGUCAAGCGUACACGUAUGGAUCCCAAGGCUGGCGAGAUGGGAAGCCCAGCAAUGAGGCCAAAGACGAGACCAGCGUCGGCCGCCACAUUGUUAGGCUGCUACAGCAGGCGGUCACCGCCUGUCCCAAAAGCCCGCACUGAUUCAAGGACCGACUCGUUCACCGACUCGCUCACGGAUGCCGGACGCGCAUUUCGUGAUAGCGUCGCCAAGAUUGCGUACGUGGCGAAAUAG